UUCCAACAAAACCGAAGAACGCAUUGAAGAUGACACUCUGGCUGUGAAGUAUGAGGAUGGUCGUUGGUCCAAGCCGUACUAUGACUGUGGUGGUGGCAAUAUUUGGAUGCUGACUUAUACGGUGCCAUUUUUUGGUUACGAAAAUGGAACUUAUCAUUUCAAAGGCACAUCGGGCAUCGAUAUUGAUUUGAGGCGUGUGGAUAUUGAUCAGUGUCCGCAACGAAACACACCUGGCAGUACACAACCGCUAAAUAUUUUCGCCGGCACUGACAAAUGUAAACAACGCACAACUAUGUGUGAAGCUUUGAAGGGUUUGGGCUUUCGUCGUGGCUCGUACAAAUGCGUCUGCCGGAAAGGUUACUAUUUCCCCGACACAAUGUCCAAUCCAAAGUUUUUCAAUGGCAGUCUGCUGGAAGAGGAGUAUGAAAAACUUAUGUUGGGCAAAAACUCCACUUACAACAUUAUCAACGAGUAUGAGUGCCUACCCUGCGCCGAGGGCUGCGACUACUGCGAGGAUGGUUCGCCUUGCAUAGCCGCACUCAAUUGGCCGAUGCGAACGAGUAUUAUGGUGUUGGCUUGCGCUGUUAUCGGGCUAUUGCCACCAGCCGCUUGGUUUACAUUCCGUUAUCAACAAGUAAAGGUCGUCCGCGCCGCCAGCCCAGCACUGUUGCGCGUCAUUGCUUUGGGAGCUUUCUUCAUCUACUGUACAACUAUUGUGAUGUAUCCCAAUCCGAAUCUAUACACAUGUACAGCACGAAUUUGGCUACGCGAAAUCGGUUUCUCACUGACAUACGGCGCUUUGAUGUUAAAAACCUGGCGCAUUUCGGUGAUUUUUCGUGUACGUUCAGCGAAAGCAGUGAAAAUCACAGACGCAGCACUUCUGAAGCGACUUGGCAUUAUUUGCGGUGUCAUUGGAACGUGUCUACUGGUGCGUACUCUGGUUGCACCACCCGAUGUUGUGGUCGGGCGCACUGCCGACGAUCUGAAGGCAUUUUUAUGCAAAACGGAUUAUUGGGAUUACACGUUUACAUCAAUGGAAGUUCUUUUUCUCGCCUGGGGUGUACGCUUGUGUAUUAUGGUACGGAAAGCGCCAUCAGAAUUCAAUGAGAGUCGCUUCAUUUCGAUGACCAUCUACAAUGAAUUUCUGCUGACUUGUUUUCUCAAUGUUUCCAUGCUCUUUCUACAAUCACCAGCUAAUCCUGACUUGCUUUACAUCAUUUUCUUCUGUCACACUCAAUUGACGGUGACACCUUUAUUGGGUCUAAUUUUCGGCAGCAAGGUUUACAUUGUGUUGCGCAGCGGCAAAUCGCAUCAGGAGACCAUUGGCAUGGGCGCCAAAUCCUCCGGCGCUAAAUUCAAUUUUCGUCCACAGGUGCGCACAUACGCUAAUCCCAGCUCGGUUACAACGUCCACGGUGCCCGCCGCGGGCACCACUUCAGGGGAUACAAAGCUUUCCGAUCAGGAGGCACUCGAAGAAAUUCGUCAGCUGAGCAAGCAACUGCAACGCAUUCAAGAGAUGGCACCGCCGAAAGGUGUAGCUGUUAUGACAAUCUCUAGCCUUUUGGAUGGUCUCAAGACGCCAGGCGGCAUGAUUAUGGUCGCCGCUGCCGCUUCUCAGGCCGCCUCAUCGAACAAUCAGCUGACAGUGCGUCCAUUUACGCCCGGUGCCGGGGGUGGCGGUUGUGGUAGCCCCAGCGGCGGCGAUGGCGCUGGCGGUGCCUUACCAUUACUCUCACUCAACAGCGAGAUGGAAAAGUACAAUCAGCAACUGCAGUCAACACACAACAACAACAUCACUGCAGCAGCACCUUUAAGCACAUCGAAUGGCAAUGGUGCGCAACCAAUACGGCCAAGGCCCACGGUGCUGGAAGUGGAGACUAGCACUACCACCGUAGAGGAGUAUGCGCUUGUACCGCGCGAAGAUCGCGCAAUAAAUACCGACUUGACGCGUAGCGAAGACUUUCAUCAGCAGGCGCUGGGCUGUGCGCAGGGCCACAUCAUCUGUACGCGCUGCUUGACUAUUUCUAAGGAGCACUACUUUAGCUGCCGGCCAUUCACACCACCACAUGGUUUGAGGAUAGGUAAUGUUGCUAGAGGCAGUAGAAGAGCUGGCACUUGUGUCGGCGAUGAGGAAGUCUUUGGCGGCGCCACUUGCCAACAACUGGGUUCGCCUCAGCCCGAGGGUAGUAUUAGUUUUGCGAACAUCAAAUUGGAUUGCAUGUGCUCACAGCCAGACUUAGACUACGAGGUAGAGUCGAGUGUGCCACAGCGUCGACGUAUCAAUGUACGCAGCGCUGCCACCAACACCCCACCAUCUACCGGCAGUAGUAGUAGAAGGCGCAGCGGACGCGCGAAAACGUGGCAAGAUGUCAUCGGUGAAAGCGGAAGCGCUGAUGUCAGCUACCGCAUUUGUGAUAAUUGUAAAAAUAAGUAUCGAAAUAGCAAUAAAUAUGGCGGUAGAAAGUUCCGAAAAAGCAGCGGACUCACCGCUUCGUCAUCGACAACAAUAAAAACUAAGCGAUCCGAUGUCAGUCAGACGCGUAGCAAUGACUUGCUUGAUCGCCAACUACCGCUAACAAUGUCCACGUUUAGUAGCAGCACAGCAGCUGGAGAUCAUCAAAGACCCAAAGUGCACUCCACAGACGAUAUCAUUUUCUAUACCACCACUGAUGAAAGCAGCACCAACAGCGACGACGACUCUUCGGACGGCGUGGGUGAAGGCGCUUGUAGUCGACUGCGGAGACGUCAACGCGAACUGACUUGUCAGUCAACAUCUGCGCUUAGCACUGCAGCCAUAAGCUGUGCGACGCUGAAGAAGGAUGUUGCGGCUGACGCGGGAACGUCACAAGGCUCCGUGGCGGCAGCAUCAGCAAUACGCGGCGCGGAUGGCGCUGAGUCGGCCGCCACUAAUACGCAAUCUUUGGGUAACGUAUCAAAUGCUUCAAAUGUAUCGAUGAAAAGCGGAGAGACUGCGCCGAAUGUGGGCGAUAACAAUACCAAAUCGAAUGGGUCUGGGCGUGCGAAAAGACCCGAUAAACUAGUACUCGAUCUGAAUGAUCGAACCAAAUAUACCAAAGAGGUUUCCGUUUAGAUUUCCUAGAAGUUUGGUGUGAAGUGUGUAUUUAGUUAAUAUGCUUAGGUAUAUACGAAAAGAAAGUCUGCCUAGUAGAAGAGUAAAAGAAAUUUUGUAAAUUGUAAAAAAAAACGAGUAUCAAUAUUAAUAGAGUAGCAUAAAUAGUCUAUAGUAAGUAAGUAGCAGAUGGCUGCAUAAAUCAGCAUGCACUGUGAUGAUUUAAAAAAGUGUGAGUAAAUAUCGUAGAUAUAUGAAUGUUGAUAUUUGAAAUUGAGCAUGUUUAUUAGUCACUAAUGUUAAAUAAAUAUUAACGUACGUAUAUAUAGUGAGUUCGUUUAUCAAGUCGCUUAGUCUAAAGGAAUUUGAAGAGUGAACCUCCGCGUCAUUCGAUUGUAUUACUUCCAGAAUCCUUCGUGGUUCAUUAAGUUACCAAGUGUUACAUAAUUUUCUUUAAUUUCAGUUAUGGUAAGAAGCUGUCAUAAAUUACUUAAGAAUCAGGCAUUUAAUAUGAAAUCUGUGUAUGAAUGCAAUUUCCGUGAUGGGCUAGCAAGAAAAAAAUUCUGAAAUUUUUAAGUACGAAAAAUAUUUUUUAAGGAUUCCGUUAAACGCGUGAAAUAAGUAACUUCGAAAUUCGAUCUUCGGACAUUUCAGUAAAGGUUCCCAGAUUUUCGAGACAUUUCCUUUUUUAACGCAAUACUCGUAAUUAAAUUAAAAAUUUACAUUUUAGGCGUUUUAUAGCUCAAAGUAUUUGACUAACUAUUACGAAACUAAAAAUUAACUUUGAUUCUCUAAUACUUUGGAAAGGCAGGUCCCGAAAUCUUAUGGUAAGAAAAAUGCAUAUAUGUCUUUCAGUUUAAUUUUAAAUAAUAAAAAUAAGGAAAUAUCUAGCAUCUUCCGAUUAAAUAUUUUUUUGUUUGGCUGUUCAUUUUAAUCUUAAUGAAACAUAAAGAAGCGCUUAUUUCAUACAACGUAUUUAAGGAAGAUUUUCUGAAUUUGCGGAGGUGCGGGUUGUAUCGGGAGUGUCGAGAAGGGAUUUUGGUGCCGUCCCGCUCAAAACACUCCUGAUAACUGCCAUCAUGGCUAUUUUGAAAUCAGUACCUUGAGUCCCGAUAUCCCUCGCACAUCUCUAGUCGUAAUGGCCGAUUGAGCAAAACACUGGCGUGCCAUUCGCGAGAUCUGAGGUUCGUAUAUUCGGGCAGUGAAAUUUUUAUUUUUGUAAAUUUUAAAAUUGAGGUUUUCACUCUUUUCACAUAUAGUGUUAGGAGUAAAUGGUAAUUUCGGGUCUCAGGUGGCAACCACGCAUAUGAUCAGCGACAAUUUCACAUUUAAGUGCUCUUCAGAUAAAGCUAAAGUUCACGUAAAUCGGGUUACAGGUAUUUCACUAGCGAAACUGUAAAGUAAACUUAAGAAAUCGAUUUUUCUCAUCUUUUAGUAAACUCAGAAAUGUCUUCUUGCCAGCCCAAUGCACAAAUCAUUACCAUUUCUUGUAUUUUACUUAAAGUGAGGUUAGAUGUGGCUAUUUAAGCGCUUUUUCUAUGCAUUUUGCUGUCAAAAUGCGAAAAUCCCCUUUCCUGUGUAUACAGCCAAAAAGUCAUUUUAGCAAAUUUGUAAAAAUCACUUUCGGAAAUUAGAAAUUGCAAGGUGUAACUGCAACCGGAAGAACGUAAAUCGCUUUCAAAGGAUUUCCACUUGCCCGCGCUGCACUAGCAAUUUUCGCAUCUGCUAAAAGUGUUGUCAAACCAAUGCACAAUGGUUCCAAACUGGCAUUCAGUGUUCAUAAUUCACUGGAGCCUUUGUUUCUCACUAAAUUUGAUUCAUUUUCCUUUACUAAAAGCUUAUAAAAUUCGCAAGGGUCUA